AUCAACACGAAUUGUUAUAGCACAAAGUGGAGGUUGAUCCAUUUGAUUUGAAUUCGACAAAAUAAUAAAAAAGGAGAAGAAGAAAAAAGAGAAAAAAAGGAAAUUCAGUCCAAAAAAAAACUUAUCAAAAUGAAUUUUCUGCCGCGUUUACCGCGGUUAUUAUAUCACAUCCACCAGUAUCGUGUGAAAAAUGUGAAUGCAAUUGCAUCGAGUGCGGCUUAUUCAAUAUGCUGUACCCAAAGAAGUGGUAUAUUUGAGCGGCAGCGUUCUGUGAGUGCUGUGUCCGUAUGUUAUUUGCCAAAGCGGCAUAAGUCAUUCACCGAAUCAGUGAGCGAGAUUUAUCUGUCGAUAUCGAGCAGUACAACGGUGUCAUACUUUCAGAAUGCAUUGCUCUCAUUUCAUGAUCAAACGGGAUUGCCAUGGUGGGCCACAAUCAUCAUUUACACCGUUGGAUUGCGAAUGGUAACAUUCCCAUUGGCUGUGUACGGUCAAAAGAUCAAGGCUCGGCUGCUUUCAAUUCUUCAGACCGAACUGCCUGCGAUGAACAAUGAGCUAAAACGUGAAGUGGCCAUUGCCAAGAAGAAGUUCGGCUUAAGCGACAAAGACGCCUAUAUUCUCUAUAAAAGGUCCUUCAACACUCAGUACCGUAAAUUGAUUGAACGUGAUAAUUGCCAUCCGCUGAAGACGACCGUACUGUUUUGGUUUCAGAUUCCGAUUUGGAUUUGUCAUUCCAUUGGCAUUCGAAAUAUACUCAGCAUGCGACCCGAUCCGAAUUCAUAUCGCGCCUUAAUUGCCUACACACAGAUGACCGUCGGUGGAUUCCUUUGGAUACCGAAUCUAAUCGAAACCGACACAUCAUACAUUCUGCCGGUACUGUGGUGCAUCACUAAUCUCGUCAACAUCGAAUUGGGCGCACUGGAAAAGGGCGGCACACCGAGCAAAUUCAUGAUCGUCAUGACAAAUGUAUUUCGAGGGAUUACCAUUGCCAUCGUUCCAAUUGCUGCAUCCGUUCCAUCAUGUCUAACACUCUAUUGGUGCACAUCAUCGAUGUGCGCCCUGGCACAAAAUCUCAUUCUUCUGUCGCCCAAAGCCAAACGCACUUUUGGCAUACCUCUUAACACACAGUACCACAUGGACCAUCCGUAUCGAACCAUGGCCAACAGAUUUAGCGAACGAAUGGAACAACGGAAAAAUUGGUGCUUGUCGUUUAUCAAAGCGAAAUAGUGUGGGAUAUUUUUCUGAACUAGUCAAAACGUUCCGUUCUGUUGUUUCUUUCUCUUUUCUUUAUUUAAUUGUUAUCAAUAAAUUUUGGUUCAAGAAUUUUAACAAA